AUGAGGGCUACCCUUGAACAUGUCAAUGGCCUCUUUGCUGGCCUCGCCAUCGUCGCUCGAUUGGUAGAUGCUUCUGGUCUCGCCAUGUUCCCUCAAGGCUCUCUUUCUGAUGCGGGAUUGCCCGAUGUUUGCGAAGCCACUCUGUACCAGUACAUCAACUGCGUCGAUGUGACUGCAGACAUAGCGGCGAACGGAUAUCUUGACAGUGAUGAUCCAGCGGUGACUAAGCUAGUAUGCCGCUCAUCCUGUGGAGGUGCUAUUGGACACAUGCGAGCAAAGGUUGCUUUGUCUUGUGGCACUGAAGAGUUGAUCCCCGGUAUGUCUUUUGUCCACAUAGUUGAUAAGUUCUGGAGCAGUUGGAACCAGACUUGCUUUACCGACCCCAAAACAGGAAAGUUCUGUCAUGAUGUUAUUGCCGCGUUUCCUGAGUUCGACGACCUCUCUAAGCUCUCCAAGUCAGACUUAUGCUCUUAUUGCAACGUCGAGCAAUAUAGAAUGAUGCAAGCUGAUGCUUACAACGAUGCUUAUGACGAGUAUGCUCAGUCCAACUAUGAAUACGUUGCAAAAGCCUGCGACCUGAAAGUAGAUGAUUUCAAUCCUACUGACGGUGCAUUCAACCUUACGAACCCCGAUGCCAGUAGCGAUACCUGUGUGUCUGGUAAGACAUACACAGCUAAAGCCGGCGAUAGCUGCGACUCAAUCGCGCUCUCUCAAGGAGUGUCUGCAGCGACCAUGUAUUACAUCAACUCCAAUAUCUUCGACUGUACUAAGAUCGCUGCUGGAACAAACCUAUGCCUUCCGCUUAGCUGUACCAAGAUUUAUCAGGUUCAGAAGGGUGACACUUGUCUCGAUAUCGCCUUCAACAACGGAAUUAUGAGCGAUCAGCUGCUGUCAUACAAUUCUCAGAUCAAUUGGAAUUGCACCAAUCUGCACGAGGCGGAUCCCUUCUGGGGUAAUACUUUGUGUGUUUCAACACCUGGUGGAAUAUAUGCUGGCCAGCCAAUCAACAACAACACGGCGAGCGUUGACCCCCAGCGAAUUGAUCCCCCUUCUGGUACGCCUGUUGCCAACGGCACUACUCUGGAAUGUAGCCAUUGGUUUACAUACGAUGGUACCCUCAGCUGUACGCAGAUUUGUCUUGCGAAUAAUGUUGCCAUCAACCUCUUAACCGAAAUCAAUCCAUCUCUGAGCAAGGCCACCUGUGACAAAGAUUUGCUUGUUGGCAAUGCUUACUGCGUUGAGCCACUUGCUGACUGGGAUCAACCUAAGGCGACAGGAACGGUUGUUCCUGGGAUGACUGCUACUAGCACCGCUACAGGUACCAAGUCAGCUACUACGACUGCUUCGGCGACGCAGACUUCCACCAGCGAAAAGGUGCCGAGCCCUCUACAACCUGGUAUCGUCAAUGGUUGCAACAAGUGGCACUACGUUGAUAAUGGCGACGGUUGCUAUUCUAUCGCUGAGAAGUACCAUGUCAAGUUAGCAGACUUUUACACCUGGAAUUCUAAGGUUGGCACUGACUGUUCUGGUCUCUGGCUGCACUACUAUGUCUGUGUUGGAGUUGCAUACUGA